AUGCAGCUUUGUGUUGGCCGAGGUCUAAGUCCAUUCAGUCAGUUACUAGCAGGUAACAAAGCUGACCACCCACCGCUUUCUCCAUCUUACACUUGGCCUUCAGGCACCGGCACUGGUUAUGGUGAAUGUCUCCUGGACGAGCCCUCGGGGAGGACGUAUAACCUUCCCAACCAGCUGCCAGGUCAACUCUACAACGCCAACCGGCAGUGCGAACUCAUGUUCGGCCCCGGCUCUCAAGUCUGUCCGUUUAUGAAACAGUGCAAGCGUCUCUGGUGCACCAGUGCGGAGGGCGAACAUAACGGAUGCCGUACGCAGCACAUGCCGCUGGCUGAUGGGACCGAAUGUGGCUAUGGCAUGCACUGCAGGCACGGCAUGUGUGUGAAUAAGGAGAUGGACAUGAAGCCGGUUCAUGGUGAAUGGGGCCCCUGGGGCCCCUACAGUGUGUGUUCCAGGACCUGUGGAGGAGGAACAUGCAGCACAACCCGAGACUGCAAUAAACCAGAGCCGAGGAACGGAGGCCGGUUUUGUGUGGGCCGCAGAACGAAGUUCCGCUCGUGUAACACGGAUCCGUGUCCCCGCGGCUGGAGGGAUUUCAGAGAAGAGCAGUGUGCGCAGUUCGACGGGAAACACUUCAACAUCAACGGACUGCCGCCCUCCGUCCGCUGGGUGCCGAAGUACAGCGGCAUUCUGAUGAAGGAUCGCUGUAAACUCUUCUGCCGUGUCACGGGGACGAUGGCGUACUAUCAGCUGAGGGAUCGGGUCGUCGACGGGACCCCGUGUGGGCCGGACACGUAUGAUAUCUGCGUACAAGGCCUCUGCCGGCAAGCAGGUUGUGACCACAUUUUGAACUCGAAGGCCAGAAAUGAUAAGUGUGGCGUCUGUGGAGGAGACAACUCUUCAUGCAAGACCCUCGCUGGAACCUUCAACAGCGCACAAUACGGUUAUAAUGUUGUGGUUCGGAUUCCUGCUGGCGCGACCAACAUCGAUAUAAAGCAGGUCAGCUACUCAGGAUCACCAGAAGAUGAUAACUACCUCGCUCUGUCUGACAGUCAGUCCAACUUCCUCCUGAACGGGAACUUCGUGGUGUCCGUGUUUAAAAGGGAAAUCAGCUUUAAGGGAGCAGAGAUCGAGUACAGCGGAUCCAACGCCACGGUUGAACGGAUCAACUGCACGCAGCGGAUCGAGGAGGAGCUCGUGCUGCAGGUGCUAUGCGUGGGAAACCUGUAUAACCCUGACGUCAGAUAUUCCUUCAGUAUUCCCAUCGAGGAGCAGAGGGAGCAGUUCGUGUGGGGUCCGUCGGGCCCCUGGCAGGAGUGCAGCCGAAUAUGCCUCGGUGAGCGGCGGCGGAAGGCCGUGUGUGCUCGUAAGAGUGAUCAUUUGGUGGUUUCGGAGCAGAGGUGUGAGAAUCUACCUCGACCCAGAGGCACGACAGAGCCCUGCAAUACUGACUGUGAGCUCAGGUGGCACGUCGCGGGCAGGAGCGACUGCUCCAGUAAGUGCGGCCCGGGUUACCGUACGCUGGAUGUGCUGUGCAUGCGCUACAGCCAGAACAAGAGACUGAGCGAGCGCAUGGAGGGCAGAUCCUGCGCAGACCUGCCCAAACCGCAGACGCGCGAGAGAUGUCAUGGUGACUGUCUGCUGAAGAGCUGGCAGUACAGCGCCUGGUCUCAGUGUUCGAGGAGCUGCGGACGCGGCGUCCGGACACGACAGGCGUACUGUAUGAACAAUCUGGGCCGCAGGCUGGUGGAACGAGAGUGUAACGUGCAGCAGAGAGUCCUGAGCGAAGCCUGCAGUGAUGUGCCCUGUCCCGACUGGAGUGCCAGCGGAUGGAGCGAGUGUCUGGUGACGUGUGGCAAGAGCGUCAAACACAGACAGGUGCUUUGCAUUCUGGGAGACGAGAAGCUGAAUGAGCAGCGCUGCGACCCAAACACCAAACCCUCUGCGGUGGGCAGCUGUGAGCUUCCCCAGUGUGUGUCCUGGCAGGUCGGAGCCUGGAGUCCGUGUGCGGUGAGCUGCGGUCAGGGCUAUCAGGUGCGUGCGGUCAGGUGUGUGUCGGGAGCUUACGGCGAGACGGUGGACGACAGAGAGUGUAACGCAGCCGCCAGACCUCGAGACAGUCAGGACUGUGAGUUGUCAGCUUGUCCUCGUGCAGCAUCAGUGUUUAACACACCCAGACCAGGAGAGCCGGGUCAGCGACACACACAGUGGAGAUACGGCUCCUGGACCAGCUGUUCGGUGUCGUGCGGUGAGGGCCGACGCGAACGAUACGUCAGCUGUAGAGACUCUCAGGGUGGCAUCGCUGACAAGUCGUCCUGCGCUCAUCGUCCUCGUCCUCCAGACUCCUCCGUGUGUUUCAGUCCCUGCGCUCAGUGGAGGGAAGGAGAAUGGACAGCAUGCUCGGUGUCGUGUGGUGUGGGUCACUCCACGCGGCGGGUCGUGUGCAUGAACUACCAUCAUCGGGUGGACGAGUCGUUCUGCCAGCCGGACGAGCGUCCCAGCGCUGAGCAGGAGUGUGCGGCCGCCCCCUGCCGAUCCUCCUACCACUGGUCCAACAACCAGCCCCACUUCCCCGACGACCCCAGCAGCCACAGCUGGAACGUCCCAUCUGCAGACAACCAGUGGAGGACGGGGCCCUGGGGAGCCUGCUCCAGCUCAUGUGAAGGCGGGUUCCAGCGGCGGGUCGUGGUCUGUCAGGACGCAGACGGACGCAGCACCAAUCACUGCGACGAGAGAGUCAAACCCGACCAAUCAAAGAGCUGCGACUCCGGCCCCUGUCCACACUGGAACUACGGCAUCUGGGGAGAGUGCACGCACUCAUGUGGCGGUGGUCAGCGCACGCGGUUGGUGGUGUGUCAGCAUCCGAACGGGCAGAGGCUAAACGAGCACAGCUGUGACGUGCUGGACAAACCGGCCGAUGUGGAGCGGUGUAACGGCCAGCCCUGCCCCGGCGCUGCUUCCUGGCACAGACGAGCAUGGAGGCCGUUUGUUCCAGAACUAUUUCACACUAUGUGGAUGUUGUGCUGGACUCUUCCUGAAGUUUUCUGGCCAUUUGAGGUUCUGUCAGGGUUCAUGACGGACGGCUGCAGAUUUACUGAGAUCUUUGGAGAGUCUGAUCCUCUCGUGGUUUUCAUGAGCAGACACUUCAUCUUCAUGUGCAGUGGGAACGGCUUUCAGGAGAAGCGCACUCUUUUAGAUCCGUCUUGCUCAGUGUCCUGCGGGAAGGGAGUCCAAGAGCGGCAGAUCGUCUGCGUCGAUCAGAACCAAACCCAGAUCCAGGACGAGAGCUGUGCUCACCUCAUCCCACCCAGAACACAGAAGGCCUGUCGAGCCGGACCCUGCCCCGCCUGGAGAGCCAAUCAGUGGACAGCGUGUUCGGUGAGCUGCGGCGCUGGCCUUCAGUCCCGCGAGGUCUUCUGCAGGUUAAAGGGCAGAGGUCGCGUCUCUGAUGACCUGUGUGACACGCGUGUGCGUCCCGACCGACUCCGGUCCUGCUUCCACACGGACUGCCAGACGCAUAGCUGGACAGCACAUGAGUGGAAGGACGUGAGUAAAACACGGAGAAGCGUGUUUGUUGAUCCGUCAGCGACUGAUUUCCUUCAUUAG